AUGUUUUGUUUUUUCUUUUCCAUUAUUGCAUGUGAAGAUAUAAAUGAUGAAGAAGAAAACGAAAUAUUUGAAGAAGUAUAUGAUUGGAAUGAUUAUAUUGAUGCAAAUCUAUUUUAUGCAAAUAAUACAAAUGAUAUGCCUCCAAGAUCAAGGGUUGCAUUCGUUUCUUGUUAUUCAAAUGAUAUUGCACCAACAUUUGAUUAUAUUCAAAUGCUUUCUGUCCUUGGACAUUCAUUAAAAUUAUUUAAUCCGACAAUUGAUCGGGUCAUAGUAGUGAGAGAAGAGUUCGGUAGAGAUGCAGCAAUCAGAAGAAUACUUGAUAAAACAUGGACACACAUAAUAUAUCGACCAGUUCUCAAGUGGCCAGAACAAUUUAAUCCGAAACGCCUUGUUCAUUACAAAUGGUUCAAAAUUCAAGCAUGGACAUUGACGCAAUACGAAAAAAUACUAUAUAUAGGAGCAGAUACGCUUGUAUUUCAAGAUCUAACUAUUGCAUUUCGUUGGCAAGCACCGGCAGCAGCAUAUUAUUUAACAGACUACUCAAUAAAAGACAACGGAAUUCUUUUUAACCCUGAUUUCAUGCUUAUUGAACCAGAUUUAAAUAAAUACGUCGAACUCAUUGAAAUUACAACAAAAUAUUUGAAAAAUCCAGCAAAAGACGAAAAAGAACUAGGAAGAGAUGACAUGGCCGUACUGAAUCUCCUAUAUAGAGGUGAAAUUUCCGUAUUUCCAAUACAAAUGAUGCAUGAAAAUGGCGGAUAUAAGCAUACAGUACUUGGAAACCCAAGAGAUAUAAAUUUCCAUGUCAUAUAUUCUGCUGGAUGCCAUUUUGCAGGUAAAGGAAAGCCUUGGUUACGAUGGAGUAUUUAUACUGAAAUUUGGAAAUGUUUUGCCUUGAUUUUCUAUGAAAAACUUGAUCUGCCGUUCAGAUUAAGAGGAGUUGCAAUGAAUUACGAUAAAGUUUAUAAAUUAUUUUUCCAUGAUUACAUAAAAGAAGGAAUUCGAUAUGUUACAUUGGAAGAGGAAAUAGAAGACACAGAUCCAGAUGAUGACAUAUACCCAGAGAUCGCUCAUUCUGGUGCAAGAAGAGUUAUGACCAUGAAUUGCUUAGUUACGUUUAUUUCUUCGUUAGCUUUGAAGUUUAUAAUAAGAUCACACGAGCCACUUCAAGUCUUUGUGAAGAACUGGCAACAAAAGAUAAAUCAAUUUAUUUCUCUUGAUGAAGCACCGAAUAUGCCUUCUCUUAUCGAAAAUGAUAUUGAUAAUUACAAUAAGGACCAUAAAUCGAAGAAGAAGAGAAAAACAAAGAAGAAAAAACAAAAAUCUAAUAAUGUUAGAAAUAAUGAUAAUUUAGAAUAA